AUGAUACAAACCGUCCAUCGACCAAAAGUCGCCCAGAUUGGCUGGAAAACCCUCUACGUCAAGGACAUUGUCGGGAUCGACUUGUGGGAGGAGCCGUGUGUUAUCGCUAGUGAUGUCGGCUCUUUUAGCGUUCUUAAGGCGUCGAGUUGCGUUCACGACCCUGGUGACAGGGCAGGCCAGGAAGCUUCUCUCUUCCAUCCACGCACGCACCCUAUCAACUACUUCGCCAACAGAGCAGCCCUCUUCCCUGCUGCCUCUCACACCAAGAAUUUCGAUAAAUCAUUGUCCAUCACGUUUCGUUUGGGGCCCAUCACCGAAGUUGAAGAUGCCUCGGAGCGGUCCAGCUCCGAUCAGCAAGCAGCCAAAGCCGGAACCGGCCGGUGA